AUGGCACUUCGCAGACAGAGCCAGGACAGUUUUGUGCUUCAAACUGGCUCGCCCACAAGUCAAGGUUAUGCAGACUACGAAUUGGAAACGCAGAAUCGGAGAGGAGCCGAAAUGGGUAGAGCAGCUCGCUACCACACUCGACGGAGGCCGUUCAAUCAGGACGAAUUCGAUGGCCCGUCACAAUUACUCCCUCUCCCAGUACCCCAACAAGAGCACGCUCGAUCUCAAACCCUUCCGACGCUUCCUGUUCACCUAGAACUAGAGGAACAGGAUGAGAUCGUUCUCCAUGUUAACGACAUUCUAUCCCGUUGCGCCUUUCACUUUGUAGCAAAAUACCAAUUUCCUAUCCCGCUGGAGCGAGACAAACCACGAGUCCGGACCGCAGCGGAUCGUGAAUGGACCGAAUGGGCCUAUCUUCUAAAGAGGCUCGCAACAAAGCGGAGGAUUCCCGCGCGGGUCCUCUACGACAACCAGAUUAAGCAGUUUGUUACGACAUUAGAGAACUCAAUUGCCGUCAGGCAGAGCAGUAGAGGAGAUCAACAAACCAGAACCCCCAAGGACGACCGAUACAUGUUGCAACUUGUCAGUGCAGGGACACAAGUUGCAAGAAUUUUGAUGGACUCGUUGUCUAUGGAACAACUCGAUGCUCUUUAUAGACAGACUGAGAGCGUUAUCCUCGAAAGGAGAGCCAGACUCAGAGGGCUUGGAUUCCAGUGA